GACUACUGCCCUGUCUCUCUGCAGAUCGUGCUGCUGUCCCAGACGGCCUGUUCCUGUGCUGUUGUAGGCUCAGCCCCAUGAGGGCUUGGGCUGAGUGGGAACCAGCAGGGGCAUAGAGGCCGGCACGCCUCAGAGUGCUGACGCUGGGAGGCCACUGGACCUGCCGCUCCUGGGACCCUCCUGCUCCCCAGCUCAAGGAACCCCAAUUCUCUGAUGGAUCUGAGGCCCUGCUCGCUGCUGCUGCUCUGGACUCUGGUGGUUGCCCUUGCUCUCCUGGCUCAGGAGGUGCUAGCCCAGCAUAUUUACACCAACACUUGGGCUGUGCUUGUCCCUGCGGGGCCCCAGGAGGCUGACAGGCUGGCCAGGAAGCAUGGAUUCCUUAACCUGGGCCCGAUCUUUGGCGACUAUUACCACUUUCGGCACCGUGGUGUGGUGAAGCGUUCCCUCUCACCCCACCAGCCCUGGCACAGCCGCUUGGCCAGGGAACCGCAGGUGCAGUGGCUGGAGCAGCAGGUGGCAAAGCGCAGGACCAAGCGAGACGUUUUCAUGGAGCCCACGGACCCCAAGUUCCCACAGCAGUGGUACCUGUACAACACGAACCAGCGGGACCUGAACGUGCGUCAGGCCUGGGAGCAAGGAUACACAGGCAAGGGCAUUGUGGUGUCCAUCCUGGAUGAUGGCAUUGAGAAGAACCAUCCUGACCUGGAGGCCAACUAUGACCCAGGGGCGAGUUUUGAUGUCAAUGACCAGGACCCAGACCCGCAGCCCCGCUACACGCAGAUGAACGACAACAGACACGGCACACGCUGUGCCGGGGAAGUGGCUGCCGUGGCAAACAACGGGAUCUGCGGUGUUGGUGUGGCCUACAAUGCCAGGAUCGGAGGCGUGCGCAUGCUGGAUGGGGAGGUGACUGAUGCUGUGGAGGCCCAUUCCCUGGGCCUCAACCCCAACCACAUCCACAUCUACAGUGCCAGCUGGGGCCCUGAGGAUGAUGGCAAGACUGUGGAUGGCCCGGCCCGGCUGGCAGAGGAGGCUUUCUUCCGUGGGGUCAGCCAGGGCCGAGGGGGGCUGGGCUCCAUCUUCGUCUGGGCAUCCGGGAACGGGGGCCGUGAGCACGACAGCUGCAACUGCGACGGUUACACCAACAGCAUCUACACACUGUCCAUCAGCAGCACCACGCAGUACGGCAACGUGCCCUGGUACAGCGAGGCCUGCUCCUCCACCCUCGCCACCACGUACAGCAGCGGCAACCAGAACGAGAAGCAGAUUGUGACGACUGACCUCAGACAGAAAUGCACCGAGUUGCACACUGGGACGUCAGCCUCGGCACCCCUGGCCGCUGGCAUCAUUGCCCUUGCCCUGGAAGCCAACAAGAACCUGACCUGGCGGGACAUGCAGCACCUGGUGGUGCAGACCUCAAAGCCAGCUCACCUCAAUGCCAAUGACUGGGUCACCAAUGGUGUUGGUCGCAAAGUCAGCCACUCCUAUGGCUAUGGUCUGCUGGAUGCUGGGGCCAUGGUAAGCCUGGCCAAGAACUGGACCACAGUGGGACCUCAGAGGAAGUGCGUCAUUGACAUCCUCGCAGAGCCCAGGGACAUUGGGAAGCGCCUGGAGGUACGGCGGAAGGUGGACGCCUGCCUGGGGAAAGCCAACUACAUCAGCCGCCUGGAACACGCGCAGGCCAGGCUGACACUGUCCUACAACCGGCGUGGGGACCUGGCCAUCCACCUGGUCAGCCCCAUGGGCACCCGCUCCACCCUCCUGGCUGCCAGGCCCCAUGACUUCUCGGCCGAUGGCUUCAAUGACUGGGCCUUCAUGACGACACACUCAUGGGAUGAGGACCCCUCUGGAGAGUGGGUGCUGGAGAUUGAGAACACCAGUGAUGCCAACAACUAUGGCACACUGACCAAGUUCACACUUGUGCUGUAUGGGACGGCCACCGACUCCCCCAGCCUCUCCAACCAGCUGGAGAGCAGUGGCUGCAAGACCCUCACCCCCAGCCAGACCUGUGUGGUCUGUGAGGAGGGGUACUACCUGCACCAGAAGAGCUGCCUGAAGCACUGCCCUCCUGGCUUUGCGCCCGGUGUCCAGAGCACGCACUACAAUUUGGAGAACAGCGUGGAGCCCAUCGCGCCCCACCUCUGCCUGCCCUGCCACCCCUCCUGCGCCACCUGUGUGGGACCCGGCCCCAACCAGUGCCUCACCUGCCCUGCGCACUCCCACUUCAGCAGCCUGGACCUCUCCUGCUCCCACCAGACACAGAGCAGCCGUGCAUCCCCUGCCCUGGCAGAUGGUGAGGGGCCAGCUGAGGCCCCCUCUCCAGUCAACCUCCCUGUCCUCAUCGCCAGCCUCAGCUGCGUCCUCAUUGUUGUCAUCUUUGUCACCAUCUUCCUGGUGCUGCAGGCACGGUCAGGCUUCAGCCUGCGGGGCGUGAAGGUCUAUGCCCUGGACAGUGGCAUCAUCUCCUACAAGGGGCUCCCCUCUGACAUCUGGCAGGAGGAGGGCCCCUCUGAAUCGGACGGUGAGGAUUACGAGGCCCACAGUGAGAGGACUGCCUUCAUCAGAGACCAAAGUGCCCUUUGAUGAGCCCUCCUGCCCCUCCCUCCUCCCUGCCCAGCACCACGGGGCCGGGGCAGGUGAGGCCGAGGGGCCCAGACUCUGCCCCUGUCCCCUUCCUGCACUCCAGCAGCCUGGGGCUCCCACCCACUGGCACUCUCCCUCUGCCCCAGCCUGGGUGGCCUGGCACGGCCCUGCUGGCACCAUCUCCAGCACGGCACUGUCUCAAUCAUGCACCAUCUCUCCCGGCCCCGCAUCGAUUCUGUGCCACAUGCUGGGGUGUUUGGUGGCUGUGGGGCCCCUGCCCCUGUGCUGGCAGCUGUGUCUCCUACCCUGGGCGGGCAGCUGCUGCUUGGGGUCCCUUGAGUCCUUCAGGGUGGGCAUCAUGUGGGGUCUCUCGAUUGCCAUGGCUCAGGGUGGGCUGGCUGGGGCAGGGGUGGCUCUGCCCCCCAGGGCUGAGCACAGCCCAUGGCACGAUGUCCCCCUGUCCCUGCCACCCUUGGCAUGACAGGCUGCAGCCCUGGCUUGGUCCAUUGUGUCCUGGCUCCCUGCCACCUGGCUGGACCUGUUCGCCUCCACCAGUGCCCUUCCAACAGCAAUAAUGGCCAGGCCUCGGCUGCUGCUGCCUGCUUGCCCACUCUCUGCCCAUCCCACCAUGGCUGCCUGCAGUGGGCAGGAGCCCUGGCACCGGGGAGUGUGGGGCCAGGCACCGCCUUCCCUCGUUGCCUGCGGUGCAGCCCACAGCUGGGC